AUGGGAAGUUUUCUUUCAGUUUCCAGUGCCCAAAUGGAUGAGAUCGCAGCUGGUUUGCGCGAGAGCGGUGUUCGGUUCAUUUGGGUGGCUCGUGGAGAAACCGGUAGGUUGAAAGAGGUUUGUGGUGACAUGGAAUUUUCUGAGCAGCCAAUGAGAGCAGUCUUUGAAGUUAAGUCAGCACAAGGUGCAAUCCCGUCAAAACUGUGCUGCUGUGGAAGAAUGAGUAUUUGA